GCCUCUUCGACUCGAAGCCAGAUGGUGUGAUCGAUCGGGACGAGGUCAUGAGCAUCGUGGGAGCCUGGGGCGAGUUCAUGAAGCAGAAGCAGCUGGUGCAGAACUUGGCCGUGAAGUUUGACAAGGACGCUGACAACCAGAUCGAUCUUACGGAGCUGCAGGACAUCCUGGAUGCUACGAACAAAAAGCCGGUGAAGCCCGAGAUCACGCAAUGGGUGAUGCGGGAGGCAGAUGUGUCUGGCAACGGGAGUUUGAAUCAUCUCGAGCUGGCGCGAGCUCUCUGCACCUUUGAGCUGCUUAGCAAGGGCGAGCCCAAGCUGCGGAAGGACCUACAAGCAGGUAUUGUCAUCGACGACGACCUUCCCAAACCUGCCAAGUCAUCCUUCUGCACUGUACAGUAA